GCCGGGGCCGGGGCGGGGGGCGCCGCCCCCACCGUCCUCCUGCGGCCCCCGGAGCGGGGAGCCAGGGCGACGACGAGGCUGAGCGCGGCCGGAACCAUGAAUCGGAGUUUCCACAAGUCUCAGAUUCUGCGCUUCUACGACUGCAGCGCGGUGGAAGUCAAGAGCAAGUUUGGGGCUGAGUUCCGAAGGUUCUCCUUGGACCGGCACAAGCCUGGGAAGUUUGAAGACUUCUACAAGCUGGUCGUGCACACGCACCACAUCGCCAACACAGAUGUGACCAUCGGCUAUGCAGAUGUGCACGGGGACCUGCUGCCCAUCAACAACGAUGACAACUUUUGCAAGGCGGUCUCAAGCGCAAACCCUCUGCUCCGGGUCUUCAUCCAGAAGCGAGAGGAGGCCGAGCAUGGCAGCUUCGGGGCUGGCUCGCUGUCCCGCCGCAGGAAGGCACUGGCACUGCGUGAGGACGGCCCCCGCCGGCGGACGCACCUGCACAUCGGCCUGCCGCACGACUUCCGCCCGGUGUCCUCCAUCAUCGACGUGGACAUCUUGCCCGAGACGCACCGCCGCGUGAGGCUGUACAGGCACGGCUGCCAGAAGCCGCUGGGUUUCUACAUCCGCGAUGGCACGAGCGUGCGCGUGGCCCCGCAGGGCCUGGAGAAGGUGCCUGGCAUCUUCAUCUCGCGCAUGGUGCCCGGCGGCCUGGCCGAGAGCACCGGGUUGCUGGCCGUGGAUGACGAGGUCCUGGAGGUGAACGGCAUCGAGGUGGCGGGGAAGACGCUGGACCAGGUCACGGACAUGAUGAUCGCCAACAGCCACAACCUCAUCGUCACGGUCAAGCCGGCCAACCAGAGGAACAACGUGGUGCGCGGCAGCCGCGUGGCGGGCGGCUCGGGCCGCUCCUCGGACAGCGGGGCCAGCCGCCACAGCCUGCCCGCGGCCCCCGCCCUGCUGCGCCUGCAGCCCGACGACGUGGACAGCGACGACGAGCCCGACGUGGUGCUGGAGGGCGUGCUGGGGCCGCGGCCGGUGCCCAGGCUGCCCCCGCCGCCCCCGCCGCCCCCGCCGGGCAGCCAGGCGCGGGUCAACGGCGCAGGCCCCGGGCUGGGCAGGGAGGGCCCGGCGCACCGGCUGCUCAGCUCGCUGCGCGCAGACCCGCGCCACAGCCUGGCCCUGCCGCUGCCCCCGGGGGCGGUGGAGGAGCACGGCCCGGCGGUCACGCUGUAGGCCCGCGCCGCCCGGCAGCCCGCCACCCGGCUCUUCGUCCAUCCCGCCUCCUGGCCCGCACCCCGGGCUCGCUUUAUUCAAACCUGCCGACAGAAAAUACAGAUGCUAUUUUUACAGAACUUUUGCGUAGAACAUCACACGCACUCAUUUGCGGUCUGCGUCCUGCCGAGGUCGGUCCCGGCCCUUUCCCGAAAUGGCAGAAAGGAUCUGACUGCGUGCAGAAAAGAUUUCAUUCAGAAAUUUUUAAAGAUACUUUUAUAAAUGAAGCUUUAAAAUUACUUUUUAAAUACAGUCGAAUUUGUGUUUUUAACGUGACUUGUGCAAAAACAACCUGUCGAGUCAGCACUGUUUUUACUGUGCUCCAGCUGACUUGCAGAGACUGGUUUCUAACAAUACAUACCAAACCUUUAACAGGUAGGACUAUAAACAAUGAAUCUCAAAUUUUCACAUUAUUUACAGCUCUAUUUCAGAUAGCCCAGUGGGUGUCGAACUCUCAGACAUCCCUGGAAAAAAGACCUGGUGUGAAACAGUCCGGCAGUGCCUGCAGGUGGUCAGAGGCGGCUUGUCUUCAGCCUCUGAGGGCAAACGCCACCUCUGCUGGAUGGCACUGUAUGCUCAGCAAUACUUCUCUGACCAAAAGCCAAUAUAGAUAAAAACUAGUCUUGUAGACUGAUUGAGGGCAAUUUUUGAAAUAUUGUCAGCAGAAAGGAUGGAUCCACCUACCACAAACCCCAGAUACGCCUUUAAAAGCUGUCAUUUGGUUGUAUAGUUUCUCUUAUCUCUGUUUUUAAAUUACAAGUCACAUGAAAAUUAAUUAUUUUUAACACAUUAAAUUCACUGUCACUUCCUUUUUGAUCUUCCAGAAAUAUUUUAUAUAUUCAGUAAUUUUAAAGAUUUAUUCAUGUUUGACCCAGUUUUACAUGAAGUGUAUUUUGUUUGAGUCCACUGUCGAGGAGAAAAUAUUACACUUAUACUUCGAGAACUCUGACCAAACAAAGCUUUCAUAUAAAUACAGGUAAAAAUAUUUUUCUAGGAUGCCUUUCCAGGCAAUGCUUCUCCUGUGGCACAGCAACCCCUGCUGGUCGGUGGCAGAACUGUCCUGCUGCUAACAAACGGGAAAACCCUAUGUCAACAUCUCCAUUUUUCCUGAAUUCGUUAAGUGUAAAAGCAAAUUAAUUUUCUUUUGGAAACUAUUUAUUGGGCAGAAAUAGCUUUUAUUGAGUAGUUGUGGUCUCCUGCACCUAUGUUUGAUGUUAUUAUUUGUAUACCGGGAUCACUGUUGGUUUUAUUCCUAAGCAAAGGGAGGACCAGAGAUGCUCUCCCUUUGAGGUCUAGGCAGAGAGUCCAAAUGCACCCAAACUUACGGGCUCCAGUGAACUGUAUGAGCAUCUUUUUUGGCACCUAAGCAGUCAGAAGUGGGUUUUUUCUUACUACAAUAAGUAUAGAACCAAAACUCUAGUGCUACUUACUAUCAGAAAUGAAAUGUUCUUUUACUAAGUUAUUGCUGGUUAUUGAAUAUCUUGUUGAGUAACUGGAUCUGUUACCAAGAAGGAACGUUAUAUUUCUUACCAUGUUUUAAAUUAAGUAAAUGUGAAUAAUUUUUUAAAGAAAAAAAAAAGAAGCCUCCUCAGACUUGUAUGCUGUUGUUCAUAAUUUUAGGGAUUCUGAAUUUCUUGGAACAGCUGCUUCAGUGUAUUUUUGUACCAUAUCUUCUGCCAUUUUCUUUUUAAAACAAAACAAAACAAAAAUACUAUGUUGUAUUACACAUUAAAGUUUUCUUGGUUUUAUAUAUCAAAGAAUAAAAACUUUUUCUUUGCAUUUAA